AUGGCUAAUCCUUCAAGGAUGGAGAAAAUCGAACGGAUAGCCGAAGAUGUCAACGACUCUAUCACAUUUCUAUCUAGUGACGAAAAGGCGUCCAGUUUUCGUAACGCUGAACCGAAAAUUGAAGCUCCUAAACUAUCGAUUGACAGGCAGGAAGUAAAACCCUGGGUCAAUUUUGUGGCAGGUGGAUUAGGAGGUAUGGCAGGAGCAGUUUUUACUUGUCCUUUCGAUGUCGUCAAGACAAGGCUUCAGUCAAGUGUUUAUCAAGAUCUUUACCGCUCAACUAAUAGCAAAGGAGCAAAUGUCAUUUCAUCCGCGGCCCGUCAUAUUUCAGAGACUUGCUCUAUCAUUGGCUCCGUGUACCGUGUAGAAGGUAUUAGAGCACUAUUCAAAGGAUUGGGACCAAACCUUGUGGGUGUGAUACCUGCUAGAUCUAUCAACUUUUUCACUUAUGGAUAUAGUAAGGACGUUCUCAGGAAGCAUGUGUUCGACGGGGAAGAAACAUCUUUAUUGCAUUUACUAGCCGGCCUAAACGCCGGCUUCGUUACUAGUACAGCCACGAACCCUAUAUGGCUAGUUAAGACCCGUUUACAGCUUGACAAGUCUUCCACCAAACAGUACAAAAAUUCAUGGGAUUGCAUCUCCAAGAUUCUUAAAGUUGAAGGAGUCUCUGGACUUUACAAAGGGUUAUCGGCCUCAUAUCUGGGGUCUAUAGAAUCUACAUUGCAGUGGAUUUUAUACGAGCAAAUGAAAUCGUUCAUUAAACAACGUUCUCUUUCUAGAGCUAAGGAAGGACAGGAGCGCACCUCAAUCGAUGAGCUAUAUGAAUGGGCUGCGAGGUCUGGUGCUGCAGGUGCUGCCAAGUUCAUGGCAUCUUUAAUCACUUACCCACACGAAGUUGUCCGUACGCGGCUACGUCAAGCUCCUAUGGAGAAUGGGAGACCAAAAUACACUGGAUUACUCCAAUCUUUCAAGCUAAUAAUUAAAGAGGAAGGGCUUGCAUCUAUGUAUGGAGGAUUGACUCCUCAUAUGAUGAGGACGGUGCCUAACUCGAUCAUAAUGUUUGGAACAUGGGAGCUGUUUAUUAGCAUAUUGUCUUGA